AUGCGGUUCCUCUUCAUGAAUGGGAGACACUUCAACCUCACGCUCAUCCUGUCUAGUCAGUACGUCAUGGAUGUUCCAGCAGCGAUUCGAGCAAACAGUGAUUAUGUCUUCGUUUUCAAUGACCCUAUUGUGAACAACCGCAAGCGCCUCUACGAAAACUAUUUCGGGGUCCUACCCAAGUUCUCGGUGUUCGAGGCUGUUUUUAAAGCGUGCACUGCCGAUUUUGAAUGUUUGGUCCUCGAUAACACUCAAGGGUCCUCGAAUGUAGAGGACUCUGUGUUCUGGUAUAAAGCACCCAUACACAAACCGUUCAAGAUCGGGUCGCCUGCGUACUGGACCUUUGAUAGGCGAAGUUAUGGAGAGCACGACGAGGGACAAACAUUGGUGACCGUCAAUGGGGUCAAGAGGUUCUUUACAGCGCUCCUCACGGGGACAGUCUUCGACCUCUAUCUCACGUGCAGGGUCAUCUGCAGGGGCAGGACAGGUGUCGAUGGGGCGAGCAAUCUGGUUGAACAUAGGUGUGAGCUUCUGAUGGAGUAUUUGAAGGAGGUUAUUGCUAGUGGGCCAAUUCACGACACGGCUGCUGGUGCGCUGGAGCAACUGCAAGAACACCUUGUGAGGGCAUACGAGGUCCUCAGAAACUGCGGCAAAGGGGCAGUGUACAGGGUGAUCAACUACAAAGCCAUCAAAGAUGAGAUAGUCGAUGUUAACACCUCGAUAUCAGCCUGUCUUCAUGAUUACCAAUUCUUCAUCAGUGUUCCUCGUGCAAGCCAGCCUCACUUGGAGCAGUUAAAAGAUUUAAUUGCAGACGUCAAUACAUAUGAAGCGCUCCGUGUGAAAGAGGAUCUGGUUGAUGACAUUCCUCCGGAAGCCUCUGACCUGGAUGUAGCAGAGCCUGAAAUUGUUGCCGAAACUGUCCAGAUGCUAGCACGGCAGGGAGUGUUUUCUUUGGCAGAGCUGACAGCUUUCCAGGAGGAGGUUUUGGGCAACGAUGCUCAGAUGCUUAGGCUCGUUGGCAUUAUGGGAGAGGAACAACAGAUGCUCAUUGCUCAGAAGUUGGCCUCAGAAGAGGAGUAUCUGAAGCAGAUCGCUGAGCUGAUUGCUAGGACGGAGCAGGCAGAAUUAUCGGCUCCACCAGAGAGGUUCUUGUGCAUCAAGUAUAGCCGUUAG